UGUGUUUAAAUUGUUUGUAGAAUGUAUUUUUAAUUUUUCGUAAAAAUACGAGUGCUUCAUCUCUCCCUCUCUCUCAGGCACUCUUUUCGACUCAGAAGCGAGCGAGUAGUUUCUUUGCCGCUUCGUUUCCCGAAAGCUUUGUCUUUGCGAUCUCCCGUUACAGUUAACCGGAAUCGCAAACAAAGCAAAGAAGCGAGAACAUCUGCGAGAGAGACCCUUUUCAGGCUAUUUGGUUGUUUCUCUUUCCGAAAGAAUUCGAAUGAUCAAAACGGUUGACCGUUUUGUGCGAGCUCUGCUCAAAAAUGAUGCAAAAAUGUUGAAAAACAGCAAAGUUAUAAUUUUUUUCUUAAAAUGUAUCGAACAUUUGUAUGGCAGCUAUAUGAUAUAGUCGUCCGAUCCUAGCAAGUGUAUAAAAAAGAAGAGUGAAACUGAUCACCCAUUUUCCUUUUUAAGGUUGUCUUUUUAGACACCCAUUAUAAAUGUAUGCAUACAAAAAAUGACCUAACCCAGCAGGCAAAGAGCGGUCUCAGUGCGGAUGGAUCCGAGAAUUGUCCGCUAAAAAUAUUAAAUGCGAACAAAGAAUCGGAGUUUCCGCAUUAGGUUCGGGGAAUGCUCAAAAACGGACGCGCAAACGGACGAAAAGCAAAACUGUGGCGUUCCCCGUGAAUGUACCGAAAACGUAUUGCUAACGGACACUGAAACGUACAGUGGGCGGCCAAAUAGCGAACUUACCGCAAUAGGUUUGCCUAAUUGUCGAAACCUGGUCCGAAAACAGAUACUGAAACGGGCUAACACUGGGACCCGUGCAAAUGCCGCAAAUGUCCCGCUAACGGACACUAAAACGCACUGCACGCGUUAAAAAUCUUGUCGUCAACGAAAUUUCUAGAACUCGAUGAACGGUUCUUCUCCUUCCUUUUUUUGUCGCUUGCCUGUUUUUUGGUAUUUCGCUGCAAAUGAGCGAGAGGCAAAUAUUAUUGCAUCAUCUUUUAACUCUUUUGGUUUGUGGAAUUUUUCCCGUUGCGACUCUUUUCCUUUUGACCGGCGAGUUGUGCGGACGUGAGUGUACAGUUUUUUACAAGACGCACGUGUUUUCAACGAUUUUUAUUUAUUUAUGCUGGCGAGACUUAAUUUCCGACGAAGUGGCGCGCCAAUGGUCCUGGUUUGGGACAGAGUCCAAAAUGUCCAUUCGAGAGAUGCUUAUUACGUCAUCCGUCAAAGCCGCUUUUAUAAACAAAUUUCCGUUGGAGGAUGCAAGCAGACACAAAAGCAGAAUGCACAGGACGGUUUGUAUUAGUAUUAAGUAUUAUUAGUUUUAAGGAAAUGAACAAAUCUUAAGUAAAAUGUUUAUUUUUUAAGUUAAAUAAUGAUAAAUA